UUAAAGUAGACGUGGGAAUAUUUUAUCAAGGUCUCUGUCACGCGACUAUAUUUCUCUAUAAUUCUGACCGUGACGAAUCGAUUUGCGUGACGAGAUUUGACCAGGCGAAAAAUGUCUUAUCCUAUCAACCACUUGUACACCAAUGGAGGGGCAGUUAAAAGAGCUUUUAUCCUUUCUCCGGGAUAAAAACCCCCAAGUCCGACAGAUUGCUCUUGACAAUCUUUUACCACAAACACCCAAGGAUGCUCCCCACAGAGAGAUAUUUUUCGAGUCAAGAUCUAGCGCUUUCAAAAAGACCGACGAGCCUCCAGUCAUCCGAGAUUUGAAGCUGCUAUGCAGGGAUCAGUUAGCUAUAGCUCAUGAUGCGUUCAAAGCCCUGAUUAACCUGUCGGAUUCGCCUUUGCUAGUAUCUACCCUCUCCGAACCAUCGUUUCUCAAUUUUCUGGUAUCCUAUAUAAUUAAUCCCCAAUCUACACUCGCAGACCUCGCUUCAAUGCUGCUCUCAAACCUUACCGCGUCAGCUAGUGCAUGCUCUAUAGUUAUCUCGAUGAAAGUCAAGAUAGUUACUUCCGCAAAUGUACCAAAUGGUUUCUUUGCGGUGGAUUCUAGAAGCGGUUCAUGCCCGGCACCUGUACCGUAUCCACAGGGUGAAGAACGAGAGGUCUUGGCACUACCUCUUCUUCUGGAUGCAUUCGUCCAAGGCGCCAAUGUAGAAGACAUUCCUGACUUGGCGAAACGCCCGAGGAAAGGAAGCUUGCAUUUUCUGGCCAGUGUAUUUGCGAAUCUCACUUCGUCUUCAUCAGGGCGUGAAUUUUUCGCCACACCACGUCCGUCGAACCCUCUGAAACCGGACGUGGAUGUUGAAUACCCGUUAUCCAAGAUCAUUUCGUUCACUGAACAUCGAGACACCAUACGUCGAGGUGGCGUGGCGUCUACAAUCAAAAACUUUGCAUUCAAUGCACGCGCACACCGCGCCCUCCUCACACCAUCAACAGUCCUUGUCACUGUCCCUUCUGAAUCAUCCAAAGUUUCCACAAUAGCCGCGCCAGGCAUCGACGCCCUCCCGUACCUCCUCCUGCCACUCGCUGGCCCAGAAGAUUUCGAUUUCGACGUACAGGAGAAGCUUCCGGAAGCUCUACAAUUUCUACCUCCUGAUAAAAUUCGGGAACCAGACGAAGCCAUUCGUUUGAUCCUAGUCGAGGUGUUGCUAUUGUUAUGCCAUACUAGAUGGGGAAGAGAUCACCUAAGGGGUACAGGCGUGUAUGAGAUUGUGAGGGCUGCGCAUGAAGCCGAGAGUGUUGAGAAGAUCUCCUCCCAUAUUGAACGCCUGGUACAACUGAUUAAAUGCGAAGAACCUCCCUUAUCCGAGGCGCUAAACGAAGAAGACGAAUAUGAUGCACUUCCUGGGGACGGUGAACUUCCUCCUGAAACGAGGCUUAUACAAGGAUUAGGUGGAUUUGGAAAUAUGCGUUUAUCGAACGAAGAUACGAGUGGGAAAAAACACAAAGUUAAAGAGCAAGUGAAAGAGGAUGAUGAUAACGAUGAGGAGGAAUUGGUGAUAGAACCGCUUGGUGCGGAUUCAGAUAGUGAUGAUGAUAGGAUUGUUGAAGUAUAGAGUCGUGUUGUUUCGAUCUCAUAUACUCUUCUUGACUUUUGAGAAAAGUCAUGCUCAGCAUCAAAUACAUAGUACUUCAUAGUACAUAUGUACUAAAGAUCUGCGUGAAGUCUCAAGUAUCCAGCUGGUCGUCAUCGAAACUUGAUGCUAUCUACGUCUACCAUGCUGAUACAAGGAAUGCUCUCAACAUCGCUUGCUAAAGCAUAUUCCCGCUACCUCUUUAG